AUGGUUGCAGUGUUUCAUGCUGAUUCAAAGGUUGCAGUUCUAAUUGACAAACAUAAGGGUGAAUGGGAUGAACCACAGAUCAAAAUCAUUUUUCAUAAAAAAGAAGCUGAAAAGAUUCUUAGCAUUCCUUUGAGUAAGGGUAGAGCAAAAGAUAGGAUGUACUGGGGCCCUUCUAAAAAAGAAUUCUUUUCAGUCAGAAGUGCAUAUUUUCUGCAUCUAAAAAAUAGGGAGAAGGCCAAAGUUGAGAGCUCUUAUGAAGUAAAAGAAGAUGAAAGAUGGAGGUCCAUAUGUGAUUUAGAUGUUACAGGAGUGACAAAAUUAGUCUUGUGGAAAGCUGGUAAUGAUUUGCUACCUACCAAGAAAUUAAUGAGUGUCUUAAAAAGAAAUCAGCUAGAGGAAAUGAUAGUGUUAUUCAGAAGAAUUUGGCUACGAAGAAAUGGGUAUGUCUUUGAACAAAGAGUUGAAUGUCCUAGAAAUCUUAUAAUCUCUGCCAAAGCUUCUGUUAAAAACUUCCAAGAAGCCCAUAGCUUUUGCAAACCUACAGGGAAAGAGUCGAAUGAUGGUCAAGUGCAGAAUAGGGGUGUGAACCUGAGGUGGGAAAGACCAGGUAGGGAUUAUGUUAAGAUAAACUGGAAUGCAUCUCUGGAUACAAAAAUGAAGUUAAUGGGUAUUGGUAUCAUGAUCAGAGAUGAGAAGGGAGAGGCUUUGGUUACUCUCUGUGAUCAGAAAACAAAUGUAGAAGAUGCAACUGUGGCAGAGUGCAUUGCACUAAGGAAAGCAGUUGAACUAUGUAAUGAUCUCAAUAUCUAG